GCAUCACUCCUAAAUGAACCGUGAGACAUUCUGCAUUUGUAAAGUCAUAGCUUCAUGAACUGAAAGGCAGUGUGACGUUAAAGAACUCACAUAUUCAGACAACCGGAGCGCGAAAAAUCAGGACCAAUGAGCAGUGACCCUGUUCCUGUGUGCCAUGGUGCUCCACAGUAUAUCUUCACAGGACAGUGACAAUGUGACAGCGCAGUGUGGAGACACAGUUAAACUUUCCUGCAGAGCCAUCGAGAGGAGCAGCAGCUAUCGGACAGUCACCUGGUAUAAGAUGAACUCCUCACACCAGAUUGGCAUUCUGCGCAAGGCAGGCAGCAAGGUGACCCCCUACACCCUCUUUAACAGGAAGACAUCGCUGGGGGACCGUGAGGCACUUGUCCUACCUGAUGUGCGUCCCGGGGACUCAGGGACGUAUCAGUGCUACCUCUCUGCACAGCUGGGGGGAACCAACCAACAAACAAGCAUCCAUCUGGAGGUUCAAGAGUGUGUGACUGCCCUGUCCACCUCUACUGUACAGUGGUUCUCUAGCGCCACCCUGAGCCCGUCCGGUAACACCACUGCCCGCUGUGAGCUCCAGGUGACAGAGCUGUCCAUCAGCAUGCUAGUCGUUAGUUUUGCUGGUGUGGGUCUGAUUAAAGUAAUGCUGUCAGUUUGCAUCACAGCGGUGUGUCUCGGAGGCUUGGAGAGAAGAAAAGAGAGUCACUACAGACGCCACUGCUGCAGAUAGGGGUCUUCACACCAGCACAGACUCCAGUGCAGCCCCACAAGCCUCAACGCUGGGGAAUGUCGCCGGUUCAAAUCCAUCAGAAGCUCCUGUAGAUUGGCUGAAAGCCAACAUGAGGUCUCAUGGUCUUCUUGUAAUAAUAGGGCUCCCACUUUUUCCUUGCAAUAAGGGGCAGAAAAACAGUGAACAACAGCAAUACAGGAGCAGACCUAUAUAAUAUGUUAGAUGAGCUCCAAGGAUUAAACAGUGCACAUUUAUAGUGCUUACAGGCUCAAAGAAAAAAGUUCUGUAUAAACGUACAUUUAAAACAUCAAAUAGUUUUAGAAGAGAAUAAGGACUAUUUACCCAAAUGUUCUUUAUCAUAGUGAUCUGUGCCCCUCUGGAGUUUAGAAUAGGAAAUGUACACAAUAUGGGAGCCAAGGAAAGGUCCUCAGAAACAUUACAAAAAAACGUGUGCUUGUGAUUGUGUGUGUGGGCAUGGUCUUCAAACCAUUGGAGGACAAGACAAAAUUGGAAAAAAUGUCCCCACAAAAACAAAAUAUAUCUUACUUAAAAUCUAGUCUUUUGCCAAGGGGAAGUUUCUAUGGCUUGGAAUUAAGAAUCAUAAAUAUGACAGUCAAUGUAAAAUCUACAUAAAGAUAGCAAUACAAACAUGGGUGUGUGUCUGUGAGUGUGUGUGUGUGUGUGUGUGUGUGUGUGUGUGUGUGUGUGUGUGUGUGUGUGUGUGUGUGUGUGUGUGUGUGUGUGUGUGUGUGUGAUUCCUGCUCUAAUCCAAAAUCUUUCAUGAGCAGUACAUUCACUUUGAACACAGAAGACAAAAUCUGCAGUUAUUAACAGCAAACGCAUGCACAGGUCCUGGAUAAUGGGAAGCAUGUAAAGGUUUAUGUAUUUAUUUUAAUAAAAUAAAAUGUUUAUUGAGCAAGUGGGAAACUUACUGAACCCACUUAGUCUGCAGGAUGCAUCUCAAUGGCUUGCUCAAAUAUGGUCAAGACCCUCAUUUGCUCUACUGUUUUAUACCUUAAAACUCCGAGAAUUUGCCCAGCAAGCAUGUGAAAAAACAAAUUUAUGUCAAGAAAAUCACAUUGAAAUAUAUUUAUGUAUUUUUUUGUAAACAUUUAUGU